GGCAACUAAGUCAGCCACCUCGGUAGCUUACAAGCCAACAAUAAACCGACGCAUUGAAACUCCUUUGAUAAUUUGUAUAUUAAUCUGUGUUUUUAACACAAUGUAAACGUAAUAUGCUUGUUAAAUGUACUACAUUGUUAAGAUUGAUACUGAGCUGAGACUAGGCUAGUCACUAAUGCUAGCUAGCUAACAUCCCUGACCAUGAGCUUGCUAAACUACUCCCCCUCUGCUAAAGAAGCGGAGGUCUGCUGGACGGAGAAAGAAGCUCUGGGGCUGAACAUUAUCGUGGAAGAAGAGGAGGAUGUUACAGUGAAAGGAGAGAAAGACGAUUUCAGUAUUAAAAAGGAGGAUGUUACAGUGAAAGAAGAGAAAGAACCAUGUGGAAUGAAAGAGGAAGAGGGAAUAGAGUAUGUAACAGUGGAAGAGGAGGAGGUAGAAGCUUUCAGAAUUAAAGAGGAAGUUACAGUGAAGGAAGAGAAAGAAGAUUUCAGUAUUAAAAAUGAGGAUGUUACAGUGGGAGAAGAGAAAGACCCGUUUGGAGUGGAGGAGGGGGUAGAGGCUGUCACAGUGGAAGAGGAGGAUGUUACAGUGGGAGAAGAGAAAGACCCGUUUGGAGUGGAGGAGGGGGUAGAGGCUGUCACAGUGGAAGAGGAGGACAUCAUAUUGAAAGAGGAGGAGGCUGUUACAGUGGGAGAAGAGAAAGAACCGUCUGGAGUGGAAGAGGAGGCUCCCUCAAUAAAAAAGGAGGACAUUUUGGGAGUGAAAGAAAUUGGGGAGGAGACUGAAGACCUGAUUAACACCAGAGAGAGACCAGACUCUCCAUCUGACAAGAGUCCUUCAGGGGAACCAGACCCAGGGAAGAGGCCUUCAGGGGAACCAGACCCAGGGAGGAGACCUUCAGGGGAAACGGACUUAGGCAAGAGUCCUUCAGGGGAACCAGACCUAGAGACUGCCAAACCAGUAGGACGACACUGCUGCUCCCACUGUGGAAGGAGAUUUACCAAGUUACACAACCUAAAAGAGCACGAGAGGACACACACAGGAGAAAAGCCUUUCCAAUGUUCCCAGUGUGGAAAGAGUUUUAGCGGUUAG